CUUCGUUUAGGACGCACGUGUGCACACACGCUGAGUGCAGGAACGUUACUAACCGAUUUCGGUUCUGGUCUAAAGGGUUGGACGCACGUGUGGUUUUAACAUUUUUUUUUUAAAUAAUAUAUUUUUUUCUCGCUUUAUCAGUUCAAUCUGGAUACAAUUUUACAGUCUAACGAAACAAGUGUCGACAUGGUCACUAGUACGUUUCAGAUGAACUGAGAGCUCUUGUAGACAAUUUGGACCUGUGCAAUCUCAAGAUUUAUUGGGAUCAACAAAUGACAAGUCAGGAGAGUGGGAAACACGGAAACCUGGCAGCCUUUAUCAAACCUUGUAUAACUUGGAGACUGGACAAAGGUUAACUCAACAGUCACUUAUUUGCCCACGGAAUGAUCGCGUGCUCCUCAGUUCCUCUUGACAUUAUAAGUAGAAUCUUACUGGGGUAAAAGUGGCAUUGAUUCUAAUGUAUGACUGACCUGCUUUUGAGCCAUGUCUGUGCAGGAGAAAUUGGUUAAGAAUAAUGAUUGUUCCUUUAUCAGAGACUUUUGAUUUUAGUACUUGAAAUCCUUUAGAUUGACUCAGAUUAAGAUAAAACAACUGCCUAAACUCACAGCGUGAUUAGUUUAUUAUAAAAUAUGGCCAAUUCUGCUGUGAACGUAAAUGGAAACAGGCAAUGUGAGGAGGAAAUGAUGGCAAACGGUAUUGAGACUAAAAAAGAGCCACAUGAGAAUGAGCCCAACACCAAGAUUGAGCUAAAUUCUGAGCUGCCAACACCUCAGACAUGGAAAUGGUCAGUUCUGUUUCUCUGUUUUUAUGGCUUCGUGGUUCAGCUGAAGCCUGGCGAGUCUUUCAUCACUCCUAACUUGCUUAGCAGAGAGAAGAACUUCACCAGAGAGCAGGUCACGAAUGAGAUUAACCCAGUGCUGUCAUAUUCGUACAUGGCUGUACUCGUGCCUGUAUUUCUGCUAACUGACUAUCUCCGGUAUAAGCCUGUUUUGGUCCUGCAGAGCAUGAGCCAUGUUUCCAUUUGGCUCAUAAUACUUCUGGGCACCUCCUUGUUGGAGAUGCAGUUCAUGGAGUUCUUUUAUGGCAUCACCAUGGCAGCACGCGUAGCUUACUCCUCAUACAUCUUCUCACUAGUGCCAGCGGAUGUGUAUCAGCGUGUGGCCAGUUACUCUCGUUCCUCUGUUCUGCUGGGUGUGUUUUUCAGUUCAGUGACUGGCCAGUUAUUUAUAUCUCUGGCUGGCAUCACAUACUACACACUUAGUGCCAUCUCACUGGGCUUUGUUUCUUUUGGCCUGCUGCUCUCCACCUGCUUGCCCUGGCCAAAACGAAGUCUGUUUUUUAACCAGAGCAACAAGCGUGAGGAGAGAACUGCUACUCCAUCAGAACUGGACAAAAUGAAACCAGAUGAAGUGACUACACAAGGUGAAAAAGACUCAGCAGGUGGCUGUUGCAGUAAGAAAAGCUUCUUCAGCACGGACUCUCUGUUCAUCGAGAUGUUAAAGGAGAUGCGCAAUGUUGUGAAAAUCCCUAGACUGAGACUGUGGAGCCUGUGGUGGGUGUUCAAUUCCACUGGCUAUUACCUGGUGCUGUUUUACGUACAUAUCUUGUGGAACAUGCUGUAUCCAGCCACGGAUCAGAGAAAUGUCUAUAAUGGAGGGGUGGAAGCUGCCUCAACUUUGCUUGGUGCGAUCACGUCAUUUGCGGCAGGAUUUGUGAAGAUCAGAUGGAAUGUCUGGUCGGAGCUGGUAAUUGGGGUGAUCACUGCAGCCCAGGCUGGUUUGCUGCUCCUCAUGGGAACUACCAGCAACAUCUGGGUGUGUUACAUGACCUAUAUCCUCUUCAGAGGCUUCUACCAAUUCCUGGUUCCUAUUGCGACUUUUCAGAUUGCCUCUUCUCUCACUAAGGAGCUGUGUGCUCUGGUCUUUGGCAUAAACACUUUCCUGGGAACAAUCCUGAAGACUAUUAUUACUCUCAUUGUGGCAGAUAAGAGAGGCCUGGCUCUGGAAAUACAUUCCCAGUUUUAUGUUUACUGCUCUUACUUCACCCUGCUGACCCUGGUUUAUUUGGGCUCUGCCGCCUGGGUUAUAACACAUCAUUACCGCAACCAGAGGCAAGAGCAGACUCCCACAGAGGCAACGGCACCAAUUGAGCUUAGCCCUGUAGAAAAUGAUGCCUCUGAGAAGAGUCUCCUCUCCAAUGGACUAACAGCCAGGACCUGAAAAUGAAGUGAAUUCUGCAGUUCAGGUUGAGGUUCUCUAGUAUAAGGCUGCUUUUUCCUUGCGUGCGACUGUCGCACAAAUAACAAAGAGUUACACUUUAGUUUAGCGACACUGAUGGUUUGCGAGUUUAUUAUAAGAAGGGCCUUUCUGUGAGUGGGUGUGAGAGAAUGUUAAGGAUUAUAAUAUCUGUACUUGAUAUUGCAAAACAAAAUGCAGAAUUUCACUUGCUAUGCAGUACCAUAAUGCAGAGUCCGAGAGUGGAAGUAAGAGUUUUAUCAGGUUUUUUUUUAAUGUUCUGUCCCUUUGGUAAAUAAAUAUAGGACUUUAAAGUACCUUCAAAGAAAGCAUCACUUUUAUGACUAACCUUGCUAGCCAUGUGAAAUAUUCCAUAUGAGACCGGGAACCAAGUGUCUGUAUAUUUAAACACAUUAUAUAUCCACUUUAUCUACUCCCACAUAUGCUGCUUAAUAAUUAGCUUUGUGAGUUUCUUUUGAGACAGGGAACAUCCAUCAAUGGGAUACAGAGGUCUGUUAUAUGUGUUGUUACAUAAGUAACUUGUUUGAACUUUGUUGUGACUGGUAAACGCAAAGACUUACCCAUUAUCUAAUUAUUCUUUCCCAUUA